AUGGAAGUCAAUUUAUUCAGCAAUUCUACUGUUGUAAACAGUUCAUCCAUCAACCAUAAGCAGUUAGAAGGACAUAGCCUCUGGGAAGUCAUCACUAUUGCCACUGUAACUGCAAUUGUAAGCUUAAUAACCAUAGUGGGAAAUAUUCUUGUAAUGAUAUCCUUUAAGGUCAACAGUCAGCUCAAAACUGUCAACAAUUACUACUUGCUCAGCCUUGCCUGUGCAGAUCUCAUCAUUGGGAUAUUUUCUAUGAACCUUUAUACAUCCUACAUACUCAUAGGCCAUUGGACUCUUGGAAGCCUCGCCUGUGACCUGUGGCUAGCACUGGACUAUGUAGCUAGCAAUGCCUCAGUAAUGAACCUCCUAGUCAUCAGUUUUGACAGAUAUUUUUCCAUCACAAGGCCUUUAACUUACAGGGCCAAACGCACACCCAAAAGAGCUGGCAUCAUGAUUGGUAUGGCUUGGCUGAUUUCCUUCAUGUUGUGGGCGCCUGUAAUCUUGUGCUGGCAAUAUUUUGUGGGUGAACGAACAGUACCACCUGAAGAGUGCCAGAUACAGUUUCUGUAUGAACCCAUUAUUACCUUUGGUACUGCAAUUGCUGCUUUUUACAUUCCAGUAUCUGUGAUGACCAUUCUGUACUGCCGCAUUUACAAAGAGACCGAGAAACGCACCAAGGACCUCGCUGAACUGCAGGGCUCAGAGUCUGUGGCAGAGUAUGAGACAAUAAAGCCUCAGAAAACUCUCCUGAAGUCUUGCUUCAGUUGCAAGCAGCAAAACUUAGUCAAAAGAGAGAGGUGUCAGGCUUCUUGGUCCUCAUCUAGCCGAAGUACAUCAGCUACGGCGAAGGCCUCCCAGGCAGCGAGUACUUGCAUGGACUGGGCCAAAGCUGACCAGUUAACCACCUGCAGCAGCUACGCCUCCUCAGAAGAUGAGGAUAAACUUGCCACUGACCCAGUUUUCCAAGUAACUUACAAAAGUCCAUCUAAAAGUAAGGCAGAAGAGUAUGAUGAGACUACAGAUGUUGUUGUCAAAGACCAACCUGAAGAAAGUGAUUUUGAGAACCAGAAAUACUUUUUGUCACCUACCAAAGAGCAUGUACAAAAAAGUAAAAAAUGUGUGGCCUAUAAAUUCCGUUUGGUGGUUAAGGCUGAUGGCACUCAGGAAGGCAACAAUGGUUGCCGAAAAGUAAAAAUAACUCCUUGUUCUGCUGCUCUGUCAAAGGACCCUUCCAUCAAAAGCAUGGAUCCAAAUAUAAAUAACCAGAUCACCAAAAGGAAACGCAUGGUUCUUAUAAAGGAACGCAAAGCAGCACAGACUUUAAGUGCCAUUCUUUUGGCUUUUAUCAUCACUUGGACUCCCUAUAAUAUCAUGGUUUUGAUCUCCACAUUUUGCUCUGACUGCAUCCCCCUGACGCUGUGGCACCUUGGAUAUUGGCUAUGCUAUGUGAACAGUACUGUUAACCCCAUGUGUUAUGCCCUCUGUAAUAAAACUUUCAGGAAGACUUUUAAGAUGCUGCUUUUCUGCCAGUGGAAAAAGAAAAAAGUGGAAGAGAAACUAUACUGGCAGGGCAAUACCAGACUGCCAUAA